GCGCCUCGUGCGCUACUCUUCUCUUCGAUCCAAAAUGGCGCCGCCGCAUGGCGUUGAACAGAAGGAUUUAAAGUGCCGGUUUACGGGAAAUAUCGAAUCAGACGCGUCUCUGGAUGCGCAGGGUGAAUCUGGGAAGAGUGAUUUUCCCAUCUUUGAGCUGGAUGUUGAAAAGACCUCAGAUGGAAGCCUGGAACCUUCCAUUCUGUCCAUCUUUCAGGAGAAGACUGGAGAGGCGUACAGCCGGUUGGACGCGGAAAACGAAGCGUCGUUGCUUUCUGCUCUGACUGAGAUUCUUGACAGUGUGGAUGUUGAGACGUUAUCACCGUUCGACACGCUGCCAGACUCUGGCAUUUUUUCACAUCAGACGGGUUCGGACGACACGCGGUUGUUUCCAGACAUCAAAAUCUCACAAUCGCCGGUGUCAAAGUCAGGAAAAGAUCUUGUCAUUUCAGACAGACAGCUCCGGCCCCGUCGCCAGACUGUCACAUCACAGCGUACUGAUGGUGAGAAGAACCUGAGACAGUCCAAGAGCCACUCCGCAAGAACCUUCCGGAUGGAAUCGGACCCCAUGUUCCCUCAAGAUGAACUUGAGUUUCUUUUAGAUUUAGUGAGACACAUGCACCCGUACUGCCUCAGGACUCACGUGGAGGAAGACAUCAGGAACACGGACGUCCACGUGUCCUCAGAGGAGGAGGAGGUGUUUGUUGAUGUUGAAGGUUAUGACGAACAGGACGAGAACGUUGCAGAACUCUCAGGGAAAGACUCUGAUCUCAACUCCGUAUCAGAAGAAAACAACGUCACAUCUUUGCACAGAAAUGCUAAUAAGAUGCCACAACGCAGCGCUUUGGUAAUGAAGAGCGACACAAGUCGAACAAAGAAAAGAGUGAGUUUUGCUGUGCAUUUAACUUUAGUUUAUGAGAUUCCACCCGAGGAGUUGAAUUAUGAUUCGCCCGGACCAUCAGCUUUGGAAGACUGUGUGGAUGAACGUUGCAGUCUUGGAUGUGACGACCCGGAAACCUUAUCCUCUAAAAGUGAGCGAACGUGUGACAUCACUUCCCCUCAAAAGCCCAAAUCACUCAGUCUGCAGCAGUACCGUCUCCUCAGACAAAAAACACAACUUCAUCUGGAUGAGAGAAGGAUGGACCAUCGAACCAAAUGGCCCUCGCUUCCUGACGUUCCCAGCGAACUUCUGCCCAUCCUGCCACAGGUGACUCUCAAAACACCUCCUGAUGAGAACAGUGAAACAGAUGCCCGGUCAAACGAAGGUAGACGUUCCUCCUGCAGAAACGCUGCAAAAGUCAAAAGUGCAGAGAGGAGGUGUGCAAAUAUUUGUGUUGAUCCACCGAAUCCCACUGUAGUGACCCUGAAGCCCACACAACACGAGCCAGAGUCAAGCACAGCCCCGUCUGAGGUUCAGACCCAGCAGGUCCAUCUAAAACCCCAAACACAUCCAGCAACACACGACACAUCACAACCGCUGAAUUCACACUCUCUUGCAUCAAAACCUGAUGUUUGUUCUUCUUGUGAUGAUGCUCGACAUCCUGACCUCGAACCUGUGACGAUCACGUCAGGGUCGAAACCCAAAAUGUCUUCACCUCAAAAAGUCAGAAAAGUAGAAGGACAACCCAUCCAGACGACAGCUGGAGAAAUCGGAAUAGAAGCCACAGACUUGACCAGCCUUCUGGAGCAGUUUGAAACACAAGCGUGUGAAGGCCAGAUGACAUCCACAGACCAGUGUCAGGAUCAGUGGUCACCUCACAACCGGCUGAUGGACCUCGGAAGUACCGCAGGUUUGACACCACCAGCGACGCCUCCACAUCAGACAUGUAAGCCACUGUUACCAGUCAAAGGGACGAAACAUGAAUCGAUGAAGCCGUCACCCAGUAAAACCAUUCAGAUUAUUGACCCUCGUCCUCUACCGCCCAGUAAAACUCACUCAAAGCCUCCGUUGCCCUCCUUCACUCCCCCGCUGAGCCCAAAUCGAGCGUGUAUAGAUCACGAUUACUGCAGCACCUCACACGCCGAUACACGUGUGCCGUGGAAGGCUCGAUUAGACGACAGGACGGAGCGUCUGUCUGGAUCGGUUCUGCUGUCUCCAGACCUCUCCCCCUGCAGGACGGAUGCCUUUGAGUCCUUACAGUUUUCCUCGCGGUCUCCCAGCCCUCAGGACCGGGGCAGGACGAGGAGGCGGGGUUACAGUGACCGAUACCGGUGCUCGAACUCCAGUUCAAGAUCGUCUUGCUCAUCUUGUUCUUCAUCCUCAUCGUCGUCUUCUCGUUCCAGGUCUCGCUCGCCAGCUAGAAAGAGGUAUCGGCUCAGGCAUUCUGGGAGCAGCUCCUCCUCACGCUCUAGUUCACGGUCGCCUUCUCACUCUCCUCCACGCAAGCGUGGACGACACCGUACCAGAUCCCGAUCUUUAUGUCGCUCGGGUUCUGGGUCCCGGUCGCCUGACAGGGAUUGGAACGAGGAUCGAUGCAGAUGGCAAAGAUCGAGGGAGUUGAACCGCCACCACAGACAGGAAGAGGCUCAUAAAAUCUGUCAACAGAAAGCUAUCGAGGAGCGCAGGGUGGUGUACGUGGGUGGAAUCCGUGCAAGUAUGCUGCCCUCUGACCUUAAAGAAAGAUUUUCACUCUUUGGGAAGGUUGAGGAUAGCACAGUCCACAUCAGGAGUCAUGGAGAUAACUUCGGUUUUGUCACGUAUUACAAUACAGACGACGCUUUCGCAGCCAUCGAGAACGGAAGCAGACUGAGGCGUGCGGAUGAGCGUCCGUUCGACAUCUGCUUCGGCGGUCGGCGACAGUUCUGCAAGUCUGACUACGCAGAUUUAGAUUCCAGCAGGGACAUUAACCUGGCGUCAAGUGACUCGCUGGACUUUGACACGCUGUUAAGACAGGCUCAGAGAGGAAACAGGAGGUGACAGGAAGAAGAGAAGAACUGAGAUUCACCCGCUGAAGAGAUGAGUCUGCUGGUAUACAGAUCAGAUGAACAUCUCAUUACUGGUUUCCAGUAGAACACAUGUUUAAAGGUGUUCUUUGUCAGAAACACCAGCACUUCAAUUCACUAAACUGAAGUAAAGUUCACCUCCUGACAGUCGAAUCUUUCUGUUGAAGGACUUUUAAUGUACAUAUGAAUGGAAUGACAUUACAAGAAUUAUUGUGAUAGAAGAAAAUUCAACUCAUGUAUUGUUCAUCGGUUUAAAUAUAUGAAGUGUAUAGUGUGGGUAUUUUAUAAUGAUACCAAAAGCGUUUUUUUCUCUGUCCUGGUUGGAAUGAGGUUACUUUACAUGAAUAAAAAUGC